AUGUUAAUUUAAUUGCCACAUAAUGGCAGUCCCUUACUGUCCUUCACAGAGAACCCUUUAACAGUGUACAUUUGGACGUUUGAAAGGUUUGCGGGGAUUGGACGCAUCGGGGCCGAAAACCAAUUAGUCGUUAAUCAAUUCCGAUCCAGUCGCUGCAUAACUCUGCUUCAGGUUUUGGCACUAACAGGCUCCAGGAGUCCCUGGCGGAUGACAGCGGGGAGCAGCGGAGGAGAUGCUGUGGCUCCCACCGCCGCUAGAAGACGGACGCACCGAGGAGCCCGAGUGCAGGAGCAGCGGUCUGCGACCGACACAUGACUGGGACUUUGCCCCGCGCCGCAUCCCGAGCCCGGCGUUCCUUUGUGUGUGCAAGCGGGGCGCGUACGGCGACAGGAGGACGGUCCGCUUCUCCUGCGGCGGGAGCCGGGCGGGACGACGCAGGGACCGAGCAGCGGUCGUGCGCAGCGGCGAAAUAGACCAACUCUUGCGGGGGGACAGGGGCUCGAUCACGCAACUGGGGCGAGCGACGACAGAUGUGAUUUCCACACGCUGCGGCUGGUUUGGUGCCAGUGGCGAGUUGGACGGCUCAUGAUUGCGUCCCGCUUUCCAUCAUUCACUGCUUCCAGCGUUUUUUUUUUGUUCCAGAGUAGUUGGGGGUCUCGGACGGCUGUCUCCGAGGGCGCGCUGCUGCAGAGACUAACGGCCGGUGCCAUGUGUCGUUGCGCCACAUAGAAGCUCUUUGUGGGCUGUUUCGCACCGGGGACAGGUGGUGCCGCGCGCGCGUGUGUGUGUGUGUGUGUGUGUUUGUGGGGGGGAAGGGGGGGGCACGGACACACUCGGCCCCUGAGACAGUUGUCUUGGGGAUGUCAGGCCGGCGAACGGGACCAGCUUUUGCCAGAGACAGGUGCGACAGGGAGGAGUAGUCCACAAAGCCCCAUACACCGGAUCCGGCGACGCACCGCCGAGCCCGCAGCCUCCUCUGAUCACUCUCGGAUUUCUUUCCUCUCCCAUUGUCGUUCUGCCGUGUGGGACACACAGCUGACUCAGAGCCGUGGGUCCGGCGGCACCUUCCCCCCCCCGACGACCGGAGACUACAGUUCUGUUACUAUGGCAACCGUGGCCCCUCCUUCCUUCUUCCUGCUGUGUUGGCUCCUCCGAACGGCCAGCUCGGCGUUCCCCGAGGAACCAGGACCCCUAAACUUCAUCCCAACAGAAGUGGUGAGACGAUACCCGGUGUUUCUGGGCCGACCCCACCGAACGUGGCUGAGACAAGAGCCACUUCACAUCCAGAGGAUCCUGCAAGUCAAUCGAACACUGUACAUUGGAGCCAGGGAUGACCUUUUCCGUGUGGAGUUGGACAACGCUGCCGGAGAAGAGAUGUUCUACAAUAAGAAAAGAACAUGGGAGUCCAACAAGAAUGACAUCAGGAUCUGCAGGAUGAAGGGCAAGCAUGAGGAUGAAUGCCGUAACUUCAUGAAGGUGCUGCUCAGCAGACAAGGAGGCCUGUUUGUGUGCGGGACCAACGCCUUCAACCCGCUCUGUGCCAACUACACAGGAGACACUCUGGAGAUGGUAGGAGACACGGUCAGCGGGAUGGCGAGAUGCCCUUAUGACCCCAAACAUGCCAACGUGGCCCUGUUUGCAGAGGGGAAUCUUUUUACAGCCACAGUGACUGACUUUCUGGCCAUUGAUGCGGUGAUCUAUCGUAGCCUUGGGGACAGUCCCGCUUUGCGCACCAUCAAGCAUGACUCCAAGUGGUUCAGAGAGCCAUAUUUUGUCAGUGCUGUUGAGUGGGGACCUCACAUCUACUUCUUCUUCAGAGAGAUAGCCAUGGAGUUCAAUUACUUGGAGAAGGUGGUGGUGUCACGUGUGGGUCGGGUGUGUAAACGGGACCACGGCGGGUCUCAGCGUGUCCUGGAGAAGCAGUGGACAUCGUUCCUGAAGGCCCGCCUGAACUGCUCCGUCCCCGGUGAUUCCCACUUCUACUUUAACCUGCUCCACUCCACCAGUCCCGUCAUCAGGAUGCACGGCAGGGACAUCCUCCUGGGGGUCUUCUCCACGCCAGCGAACAGCAUUCCCGGUUCGGCGGUGUGCGCCUUUGACAUGGAGCAGCUGGCGGCGGUGUUUGAUGGGAGGUUCAAGGAGCAGAAAUCACCCGAGUCUAUUUGGACGCCUGUUCCAGAUGAAGUCAUCCCGAAGCCAAGACCCGGUGGCUGCGCUGUUCAAGGAACCAGGUUCAAUUCGUCCAACUCUUUUCCCGAUGACAUGCUCAACUUCGUCAAGACCCACCCGCUGAUGGAUGAGGCUGUCCCGUCCCUCGGACAAAGACCCUGGAUAGUCAGAACCAUGGUUAGGUACCAGCUGAAUAAGAUCGUGGUGGAUACAGAGGCCGGGCCUUACAGGAACCGAACCGUCCUGUUCCUCGGGUCGAGCAGGGGGACCCUCCUCAAGUUCCUCAUCAUGCCCAACCAGGACAACACCGUCACCAACAGCAACAUCUUCCUGGAGGAACUGGAAGGAUUCAACCCCGAUAAGUGUGCUGAAGACUCUCCUCAGGCCAGGCAGCUGUUGUCUCUGACUCUGGACCGGGCAAGCCACAGUCUACUCCUCGCCUUCCCCUCCUGUGUGGUCAGAGUACCAGUGGCACGGUGCCAGCUCUACUCCCGAUGCAUGAAGAACUGUAUCGCCUCAAGAGAUCCUUACUGUGGCUGGACCAGAGGAAGCACCUGCUCUUUCCUCAGACCUGGGACCAGACUGCCGUUCGAGCAAGAUGUUGAACAGGGAAACGUGGCCCACUUGGGUGACUGUGACGGAAUGCUGCUCCAAGAGAGUUUCAUUGAAGAGCCUGACGGCCUUGUGUCUGUAAACCUAUUGGUGGUGUCUGCUGUUUCAGCCUUCGCAACCGGAGCCGUCCUCUCUGGCCUCACUGUCUGCUGGAUCAUGAGUCACCGCCACCGCCACUCCCGUAGCUCUGGAGCCAAUGGCGCGCGUCGCAAAAGCGACAAAGAGCAGAGCAUGCUUGGGCAGGGCCGCAGCGGCUCAGUAAUGAGUGUAACAAGAACCAGUGGCGGCGAGAGGAGGCGUUCGCAGGCAGACAACCCCUUCAUCAUGCCCAACGGCUGGCCUAAAGGAGAGAUGGACCCAGGAUUGCUGCCGACCCCAGAGCAGACCCCAUUGCAGCAGAAACGGACGAUGCGCCUCCCGGACACUGACUGGGACCAGAGCCAGACCUUCCUCACUGCUGUGGGGACUCCCUGCCCCAAUAACUCUGUCAUCUACCUGAGCUCCAAGUACCUGCAUGGAGGUGGGGGGGGUGGAGGGAUGGUCCGGAUAGAUGAUCCCGGGGAAGUUGUGCUGCCCCUGCACACAGAGCGCCAGCGCUACCUGAUCCUAGCCACCCAGAGAGGGGAGCAUGGUGGCAGCCGUCCAAGCGGCACCCUGAGGAACUCAGCGGGAGAAUACAUCUACCCCGCCACACCACAGGACUCCCCCGACCGACGGAGGGUGGUUUCCGCUCCCACUCCCCACAUGGACUAUGGGGAGCCUCGUUGGAGUCAUGAGGUGCUCAACUACAACAGCAACAAUGGCGCGCCCUAUCACGCACAGCGCCAGGGCCUCAUCAGGCCCGACAUGCAUGGGCCGCGAGGGCUGGGAGAACUGGCAGACUUCAGCCACCUUCUAGGGAAGAACAUGGGAGAGCGCACCCCCAGUGGCCAGUGAGGUCAAGUGUGUGAGCCCUGGCACCAAGCUCUCUCUGAACACUCAUUCCCUCCGACACUAAACUGGAAUAAGUCAACCCCUCAGACUCACUGUCCCAGUCCAACCUUUACCUGUCUGUCCUCUCGCACUGUCAUUCAAUGUUCAAUGACGUCAUUCAGCUGACUGUAGACAGAGACAGAGAGAACAGAAACAGAGUUGCAUAAAGAGGAGAACACUCCCCUAACAUCUCUGGUCCUCUGCUCUUAAUCUGAGGUGCACCCCUCUACCCUGUUAGUGGUACAACCCAGAGGGUGUGACUUUGACACCACAGGACAAACAGAAAGGUACAGGGAGGGGUGCAAACGAAGGGGAAUCUUCUAAAACAAGACAAUUUGGAGAGAAAAAUAAAUGACAAUUUCGCUUGUAGCGCCACAUAUGAAAGGUCUCCCUCCACCAUUUUGUUCACUGUUUUGACACCAUGGAUCUUCUUUAAGUGUGAAAUUAAGUUUCUGCUUAUUUUGUGUGUGAGUGCCACUGGCAUCCAGCAGACAGCAAUGUGCUUUACUUUGGAUUUCGAAUGAGACAAAAACUGUUGUAGCCGUGCCAGAGGGCAGUGACUCUCAGUGGAUCAUGCAGUGUGUGUCUGACUGUGUGAAUGUGUGUGUGUGUGGUCGCAACAACUCCAACCAGUGUGCUGUCUUAACUGUGAAGAAUAUAUAUACUGGAGUUUCUGUAAACAUUCACAGAGAGAUAGAUGGACUUUAUUAUGUGUCUCUCUAUGUGUUUACCAAUCAGAGAUGUGGGUAGAUGACCAGUUGCUCCUGAAGGGUUGAGACUCCCAGUGUAAUUUUUGUGAUCCCCAGUACCUCAGAGGCAGCACUGGACAGAGCCAUGAAGAAGUGAAAGAGAGCAAUAAUAAGCAAGAAUCAUAAAAGGACGAAGAUAAAGCCAACUUAAUUUGAUAUUUUUUUAUAAUAUUGUUUUCUCAACUCAAAGCUUAGACACAUCAGGACGAGCAGAGUGCUGGGUAAAGGAACAGUAUCUCCCCUCCAUUCUUCUCUCCCUCGCUCCCUCUCAGUAUGCCAGGGUCUGUGUGACCUGACCCGAGGCCUCCCUGGGCUCCACAGCCCAUUUGAAAAGGGGGAAUGUGAGCUGUGGCUGUCUGGCUGUCUGACUGAGGCUCUGAGGCCCGGCCGCUCGGGACCUACAUUCAGCCUCUUCUGCCCGACACUGAACCUCUUUGUGCCCCGUAAGCACGAGGAGACUGCGGCAACAAAUAGCCGUUAAGAGUCAGGGACCAAGCCCAGAACCACAGCCAAGCAGAAUAUCAAUGAAGAGGACAGCAGCUCCAUCCGUCAAGCGAGAUGUACCAAACAGAACCAGGCAUCUCUUAAUGCUUCACCCAGUUGCCAGGACAGGGAGGACUUGAGGGCUGAAGCAGGGGCCGAGGCCAGGCUUGGGGCACUGCUAACGGUCACAAUGGUCAUCCCUUGUGGCUCUAUCCCUUUCUGUCUUUCAGUGUGUUUCCCAACAAAAGCGGGAUAAGGAAAACAGAUGGGCAUGGGUAUACUCGGGUGUGGAGUUACUCUUUCAACACGUUAUCUUUUGAUGUUUUUCUGUUUUUGUCUGUCCUCAUCCGUUCUUGAUUCAGAUGUAGAUCUAGAGAUAGUUUUAGUUCAACCACAGUGGUGUUUUUGUGUGUCAGCUUGUGUGUGCGUGUGUCUCUUAGGGCUUGUAUCCAUGAAUGUGUUGCUCAUAUUGAGUGCAAAAAACCCCUGCUUUGAUCAAUUUUAUUCUCAUUCUCACCUUUCUUCUUUUCUCUGUUGAGUCCUUUAUGUUGCGUGGCAGCCCUUCUCUUUACAUUCACAAAUCUGUGAUAACGGUAUCAGAGCCUGGGAUCGGUGAACGUUAUACAAUAUAUUUAAACCAUUAUACACAUCACAAAGAAGUGCAGAUAAGAUGCAGAUGCUGGGCCCGUGCUUAGUUGAGGGGAUUUGGGGUCAGAUGGUAGAUACUCUCAUAAUAAAAAAUCAGAUUUAAAAAAAAUAGGGCUGAUGUUGUCAGUUGUUUUUUUUUAGUUUUCAGUUUUUCAUACAAUAAUCACAAAUAUGUUGAGAACUUACACAUUUUCCACCAAACACUGCUUUCUGUUUAAUGCAAGUCUGUGUUGCUUAAUAUUUAAAGUUUUGUUGCACAUUGUCCAGGUUUUUUGACCUCAUCCGUGUCGUGUCCAGUAUCAGCAGGCAGCUGUUUUCAACAGUACCAGAUCAAUGUUACCUACCUAGCAGCAAACAACAGACAGUCAGAGUUAGCGACUAGCUAGUGAACAUAGUGGAACAUGACGAUGGUAGGGACCAAAAUUGGAGCUAAAAGAAGAGCGAAUUCUGGACAUGUGACUCCAAAUGAAUCAUAUUAUUACUCGACAUCUUCUCAAUAUGUAAAUAAGCAGCUGUAUGCUAACUCAUUAGCACCAUAGUGUCUUCACAGCUUGUAUUCGCUGCCCCCAAGUGGACAAAAAAUAUGUUAUUUUAUGUUUCCUGUAAAAAAUACUAAGACUGGGUAUCAUCUGAAAUGUUUAAAUACUAAGGCAGAAACACAUUGUAUAUUGACAAACAUGAGAUGUUAAUCAAAGACAAAGUGAAUUUGACUAACUCUGACCAGGUAAUUGAUAUGCAGAACCUUAAAAAAACAGACAAGCCAAGAGUCUGAGGGGGCGCAUGAGACAAGCCAGUGUAAGAGAUUUAUGAAGGCAAGGACAGAUGAGGAGGUCAGGCAUGCGAACAUGAUGUUACUGCAUUACCGCCUCUCCACAUUACUAGUGUGCUAUAGUGUAUUCUUUACACAUCCCACCCUGAAACAGGUCAUUAGUAUUGAGGAUACUGGGCCUUCCACCAGCCCAGCCCUUCAUCUCUGCCGCUCUUUAUCUCUCUCCCUGUCUCCCAACUCCAACAUGGCCUGUGUGUGUGUGUGUGUGUGUGUGUGUGUGUGUGUGUGUGUGUGUGUGUGUGUGUGUGUGUGCGUGUGUGUGUGUGUGUGAGGCCUCUCUGUCUCGGCAAGUGUGCCCAGCCAGCCGUGUCCUCGCAAUGCAUCUCCUACGGUGUUUCACUAAACAUGCUUGAUUAGGCAAAGUACAUUCCCGGCCCUCUAAUGGCCUGAUGAGCCCCUGAGAAGAUUACUACAGACACAUCAGCCCUGAGAGGGAGGUGCACGCUCAACCAGCUCUUUAGCCCUCCACUAACCACCAGCCACACACACACACACAUGCAUGCAUGCAUGCAUACCCAACAACUUUGUUGGGCCCUUUAACCAAAUACGGGAUGCAAUUGAAUUAAGACCAGAAAUAAAGCUCACGCUUGAACUCGCCCGACACUGACUGGUUCUAGGAAAGGUACUGUACAUGAUGAUGUAUUUCUGACUGCAUGAUUUGAUUACCUAAGUUCGACAUUAUGGGGCAGCUUAAGAAUUCAGAUGUAACCUCAGGUAGGUCAGUCUGUUUAUUAAAGCCAUCCUCCUCCGUCUCCUUUACAUACUUCACGUCAUCUGAGCUCCACUAACAACAGCUGCUCUUUGUCCCUUCUUCUGCUUUGCCCUUUUAUUGUUAACAGACUCACACUAUCUUUCUGCCACACAUUAACACAAAUAAUAUCUUUUCCUUACAUCCUGUUUAUCACUUUUAAAGGUUGGCUGGUUAAUUUGAUGAGUUGGUGACAGGAGCAGAAAUCAAAGUCACUCACAAAGACUGGCUUUAUUUCACAUCGCUUUUUUUUUAAGACAUUGUCCAAGCCUUUCUUGGUAGAUUAUUUUGUCUGGAGGUUCUUUUUUGUCUCUGCUUCUGCAAACACACAAACACAUUAUUCCUCUUUAUUUCUCAUUUUCACAUAUUGACACACACACACACAUGAAAUUCCCACCCAACCCUCAUGACCCAGUCUUUAUGUGUACGUUGUUAUUCAUCAGGUUGUGGUUGUGUCUGAAGAGACCAUGCCUUUGUGUGUCGGGGUUGUUUACUCUGUGUGGCCCAGUGAUGCGAUGCCCCCCAGCCUAUAACUGCCAUCUUGCCCUGCAGUGCUCCACUGUACUGUCCGUGCUCUAGAAAGAGUCCAGAAACUGAGGCUAACUUGUAUCAAAUUCACCAUCCAUCACAGUCAGGAGCAGUGACGUGAAAUUGCUCCCUUUCAAGUCAACAUAUGAGUGGAAAAAGCACAAACAAUGGCAAAAAACAAAAAUCAACAUUUGCAUUUUUGUAAAAUUGUAAAUGUAUUUAGUCCGCACUGAUCAUUUUAGUCACGUUUGUUUUUUCUAUCGUUAGUUUCCUUGGUAGAUAUUUUUGUUUGAAAUUAUACGGGAUAUUAUUGUAUAUGAUUUCAAUUUCAAUUCUCUGGUGUGCCGGAUUUGAUGACAACAAUGAAGGAUGAACCUGAUGACUAUCAUGAUUAUUAUUAUUAUAUAAGACAGUCACAAUGAAGCAGUACUGUGAGCAGCACUGAGCUGUUGUGUCCUGUUUGGACGCAGAAUCUAAAAGGUUUGAAAGGAAAAAGAGGAUGAAGAGAGGGAGUGAAUGCACUCAUGCAGAGGUUCAAAAAGAGACUUCUCUCCUGAAGAGUGGUCUCCUGCUACUGUGAAGGACCCCACCAUGCUGUGGUUCUCCCCAGAGGCUGGCCCCCCGUCGGCCCGGGUACCUUGGGACACAGUGUCAUCCGAUGACAACACAUGUUCCUACUACGUGUACAUAACCUUGAUGCUUACAUGUAAUUAAAGUGCCGUAGCUGCAUGACGACACAGCCUCUGUGUGUGUACAGAAGUAGCGACGUGUGAAUUUGUACAGUACAUGCAAGUGUGUGUGUGCUUGUGUCCGCAAAGAAAUCUGUUUGUCGUCACGCAAAAAGCAAAACAUGUGCAUGCACCCCUCCGACAACUGCUCAAAGCACACAUAUUAGACACAAACAUGCAUACACAAACACACUCCAGCAGUUGGUCUCCAUUCUCCACGUUGUCCUGAGCUCUGCCUGUCACUCCGCAUGGAGACUUUGCUCUAUGUCAACUUUCUUAUUCUAAUAAACCACUCAAGACAUUGA